UGCGCGCACGGCGGUGUGAUCGCUGAAAGCAGCGCUGACACCUCCUCAGCUACAUUGCAGCCUGCGGAACACCAUGUGAGCAGAAGCAGGCUGUGCAAUGCUGAAUAAUUCUCCAAUUCUACUGCUGGCGCUGACCACCACAGCAGCACUCUUGUCCUGGUCUCAAGCCUGGAACGAAGAAGACCUUUUACUCCCCCCGAUCAACUCCACCAAUAGGUUUCUGGCGAACCUGGAAGUGGACGUCAGGUACUCGAAAAGAUCGGUGGAGGAAAGCGAAGCUUCGACCGAAACAUCGCUUCAGCCGGUCUGCAAUGUCAGCGUGCAGAGACUCCGGCCCACCUCGUUGGUCGCUCGAUGGGACAAGCAGUUCGGCUUCCAGUGCGAUGUGCUCGUGUACACCAUCAACAACCACGGGAGGGCUUUCUUCUCCGCCGCCUUCAACCGGGUGGUCUCACCCGUCUUCGUGGAGCACAUCGGAGUCUCUGGUGGCCAGCAGGAAUUCCGUCUGUGCGUGGGAUGCGGUCUAGCGCGAAACAGGCGCUUUGGGCAAACCAGGUCACCCUCUCUGCAAACGGGAGAUUCCCUUAAUUUUUGCUGCCUUGAGUUUGGCUUGGAUGAACUGAACGGGGAUAAGAACUGGAGACAGAACCGUAAACCUAUCGAGUCGACUCUGGUUGCCUGCUUCAUGACUUUAGUAAUAAUUGUGUGGAGCGUUGCUGCCCUCAUAUGGCCAGUGCCUAUUAUCGCAGGAUUUUUACCGAACGGAAUGGAGCAGAGGAGACCGAGAUGAGUAACGCGGAGCUGCGCUUCUACGUGGAAAAACCCUAUUAUACCAAGUUAGAAUAUAUAAUUUUCAAAACGCGCAUAGUAUAUUUGGUCAAGUAUAUUUGUCUAAAUUCUUAGUCAAAUCUCCAAAUAAGUGCUGAGCUUUUUCAUAGAGUGUCGUGUAUUUAUGGGAGAUGAUGUGGACGAUGUCUAUUUUUAUGAAAACUAAUUGUUUUAUAUACUGCUAUUCUAACUGUUUUUGCGUAAUAUUCAGGUGCCGUUUAGAAUCACUGUUUGUAUCGUUUCUAACUUUGUAGAAUUCUGCUUUACUGUGUUCAGACGUGAUUCGAAAUAGCCAGUGUUUUAAAGUACGAUGUACGUGCGCCGAGGAUAAAUAGCCUAGAGCUUUCAGGAGUUACGUAAAGCCACGGUAUAAUGAAAUUGGUUUCACUUAAUAUGUUAAUAACUGUAAAUUAUUAUACAGCUGUCAAAUACAGACCUCUUUAUAAAAGUCUGUAUAUCAGUACAUGGAAGUGUACAACCGAUGAAGACGUCAGGAACAAUUGUCUAGAUCAAAUAGUUUAUAUAGGACGAAAUGUACGAGAUUUUGCUAUAACAUAGGUCGUCAUAUUUCAUUGGAUAGCCACUGUGUUUGUAUUUAUUUGUAUGACAUUGAAUAAAAACGAUUUUUAUUAUAUGA